CGCAUUCAAUAACAACAACAACAACAAGCUCGCAUUCAAUGACAGGUCCAGCAAUGAGCUCGAAUGAACCGCCGAAGACUCGGAAGCGCUUUGUUGGAAAAACCACGAAAGGCGGGAAGGCAGCGACUACUGGACUCGCAGCUCAUCAGAUACCGGAUGACAUUUUGAGUGAUUCUGUCCUCAAUGCUGCUAUUCAGGAACUGCCGCAGAAUUAUUCCUUCGAGAUACACAAAACUAUUCACCACAUAAGGAAGAACGGGUCUACGAUGGUUGCAUUACAAAUGCCGGAAGGCUUGCUGAUGUUUGCAUGCACGAUAUCAGACAUAAUCGAACGGUUCGCUCGAAAGUCCAUCGAGGCUGUUGGAUUAAUCAUUAUUUGGAACUCAGAUUCACCAGUGCCUUGACGGUUAUUAUGGGCGAUGUAACCUAUGGAGCAUGCUGCAUCGAUGAUUACACUGCACUUGCUCUGGGGUGCGAUAUGCUAAUUCAUUAUGGUCACAGCUGCCUGGUCCCAGUUGACACAACGAAGAUCAAGACCCUAUAUGUCUUUGUCGAAAUUGGCAUAGAUUCGCACCACCUCGCGGACACAAUCCGUCUGAACCUCCCAUCAUCGCGUUCAGAAUUUUACAACAAAGUUCUCUCGAACGAAGAGGAGCAGCGCAAGCUACCGCCUGGUACUAAAAUCGGCCCAGCCGCUCGACUAAGGAUUGAAGCGUCACCGUCAUCCUUCCAGGAUGAAUCAAAAAUUGGAGAUGCAGACGUGCUGCGAACGCGGCUUGCGCUAGUGUCGACAAUACAGUUUGUGGCAGCUGUUCAGCAACUGAAAGAUAGCCUUUCCGUGGAGGAAUCUAUUCGUGAUUCGUCAAUGCUGCCAGCCGCCGAAUUUUCUCAACAAGCUUCAGACAUCGACUCACUGUUCCAUCAUGGUUUCAGUGGGAAGUAUGAGGCGAUCGUUCCUAGGUCCAAACCUCUCAGUCCAGGGGAGAUCCUAGGGUGCACCGCUCCUCGUCUUUCAGACGUUGACGCAUUGAUAUAUGUCGGAGAUGGCAGAUUCCAUCUUGAAUCCAUAAUGAUAGCUAAUCCGGAAAUUCCUGCUUUCCGGUACGACCCGUAUUCAAAGAAGCUUACACGAGAACGGUAUGGGCAUGCCCAAAUGACUGCCAUCAGGUCGAAAGCAGUGAACACGGCACGAGCGUCCAUCGAAUCACUCGAGCUGGGGGGUUCUGGUGGAACAGGAGCAUCAAAGAAUGGCCCUGUCUGGGGCAUCAUCCUUGGGACAUUAGGCAGACAAGGUAGCCUCAGGCAUCUCCAAUCGAUCACUCAAAGUUUGUCACGAUCCAAAAUUCCGAUACCAUUUAUGCCCAUGCUUCUCUCAGAGCUGUCACCGGCGAAGCUCUCGUUGUUUCGAGAUCAUAUUUCUGUUUUUGUCCAGACGUCAUGUCCGCGAUUAUCCAUCGACUGGGGCUAUGCGUUCACUAAACCGCUACUCAAUUCCUAUGAGACAUCUGUUGCGAUUGGACAAACAAACGGAUGGGAUGGCGAUGGGCAUGGAGGUGAAGGCCCCUAUCCUAUGGACUAUUACUCUGCUGGGUCACCAGCUGCAAUAGCGCGCAUCAAAGGAGCAGAAAUAUGACGUAACAAUCAGGGGCUAAUCAACGGG